AUUCCCGGGAUUAGAUUGCUGGGCAGAGGCACCUUUCGCGGGAGCUCGGGUCUAAGCUGACUCUUGCUCCUGCUAGCUGGAACAUGGAAGAUUUGGAGGAAGCUGUAAAGUUUAUUGUGGAUGAGACCUUGGAUUUUGGAGGGCUGUCACCAUCCGACAGUCGUGAGGAGGAAGACGUAGCAGUGUUGGCGACUCCAGAGAAACCACUCCGACGGGGCCUUUCCCACCGAAGUGACCCAAAUGCAGUGGCCCCUGCCCUCCAGGGUCCAAGGUUCAGCUUAGGCCCCCUCAGCCCGGAGAAGCUGGAGGAGAUCCUCCAUGAGGCCAACCAGCUGGCAGCUCGGCUGGAGCAGUGUGCCCUGCAGGAGCGGGAGAGCACAGGCGAGGCACCGGCCCCACGCCAGGUGAAGCCCAGCCCUCGGCGGGAGACUUUUGUGUUGAAGGACAGUCCUGUCCGAGACCUGCUGCCCACUGUGAGCUCCUUGGCUCGGAGUACUCCCUCCCCAAGCAGCCUUACACCCCGACUCCGGAGCAGCGAUAGAAAGGGGUCGGUCAAGUCUCUUCGGACAACAUCUGGAAAGAGGCCCACCAGUGUGAAGAGGGAAUCGCCCACUUGCAAUCUGUUCCCUGCAUCAAAAAGCCCAGCAUCUUCUCCCCUUGCCCGAUCAACUCCUCCAGUCCGGGGAAAAGCUGGGCCCAGUGGGAGAGCAACAGCAGGACCAGCUGCCCCUGCCAGACCAGUCCUGGCCCCACAGCCUUCUACCAGCAACGCUCAACGCCUGUCCCGGCCACAGGGUACAGCUGCUAAACCUUCAAGUCGACUGCCUAUCCCCACCGCCCUCCCCAGGCCUGCCGGCCGAAUGCCACUCUCCAGUCGGAGUGUACUACCCUGCAAAGGUGGCCUACCUCCAGAUCCUCUGCCAAGUCGGAAAGGGCUUCCAAGAGCAAGUGCUGCAGGGCACAGAGUUCCUGUUUCCCAGCGACCAAAUCUUCCUGUCACUGGUGCCACUCGCAGCAGUCUGCAGCCCCCCAGGAAAGUUGCAGUCCCAGGACCUACCAGGUAGGUCUGGUUGAGAUGCUUUUUCUCUCUCCCCUGUCAUUCUGGGCUUCUAAGCUGU